UCGAAGCACUUUCCAUCAGCAAAGAGAACAUUGAAAACGCAUCAGUAGCUGGAGAAUUUAUCGAUCAAUUAGAUUUCGUCAAGGCUGGAUAUACUCGUCAUGCGUUCUGGUUUUCAGUUUGGGAUCGGAUGGUUGCUCUUCCUGGCCGCCACAAUUGCUUCGGUGACAUGCGAUUUUGUACUUCAAGAUGGUCAACUGGUGGUAGCCGACGGGAGUGGUAUCACUACUGACAAGGUAGAUGUUUCAUCAACUGCCAGUCAAUCGAACAAAAUUCUUUCAGUUACUUCUGAGAACGUACUCAAACUUACCUUUCAUAUCACUGGAAGUUCUUCUGAUGGAAAGGAUUCCAAAGGACUUACUCCACAUCAAGUUCAUCUCUUGGCUACCGGGGUUGAUACAAAGCUUCACUGGACUUCAGUCGUCAAAGUGAGGGGUGCCGGAAAAGCCAAAUGGGAAUUGGACCUCGCACGAGCUCCGACCGACUUUUUCAGCCUGAGUGAGCAAGGCAAGAUUCAGUUGGAGAUCGUAUUGGCCGACCCUUCUCCAAAACACAAGCCUUUACGAAAGACUCUCGCUACCAUUCAAAUCCCGUCGAAUAUGAUACUCCCUUACCCCUACUGGGACACCAAGGAUGGCUCACCACCUUCCAACCUGGAGUUGGAAAAGUAUGCUCCCCAACCACCGAUCGAGUGGACUUUCCGAGCACCUCGCAAGCCGAUCUCUCCUAUCAUCAGCGUAGCCUACACCGUAGUGGUACUCUCACCUUGGUUUAUCCUUCUGUCGGCUUGGUCAACCCUCUCAAGUGCUUCCACACCUGGAUUCAAACUUCUAGGUCCUUCUUCAACUUCAACCAUCAUCUUUCUCGCUACCAUCGCUUCUCAAGAAGUCAUGAUCUUGACCUAUUGGACCUCACUUCGAUUAUAUCAAUACCUCCCCAUUGCUUUCCUACUCGCCCUACCACUCAUCCUCAGUGGACGAACAGCAUUGAGUGAAUUGAAAGCAAGAAGAAAGAGAAAUCCUAUCAGUGCUAGUCAUGUUAUCUUAUCCAAAAUCCAUGGAGGUGGCCUAAAAGGAAAAGGCAAAGCCGAGUAAAAUGUAUUUAAACUUGAUGUCACUCGAUGAUUGCUCUACAGGCGAAGAGAUCAGGACUGUAACCACAAGAAGGAUAUUGUAGACACAAUAAUUCCGGUAGAGGGAGUAGUGAGGUUUGUAAAAAUCCCUGAAUAUCAUUCAGUUCAAAGUUUAAAGCUUUCCCAGAAAGCUGGAAAUUAAAAAGAUAUGGCUUUUUUGCCCUC